AUGGACCCGUCUAAGAAGUCCGCUAGUCAGUCCCGAAGCAUGCUAAUCGAGGAUCCUCAAAACAGCUGUAAGAAAAAUGGAAUAUUCUUGUCGACUAAAGCCGUUGUCGCCAUAGUAGUUGUGGUAAUACUGGCCAUUGCGGCAACGGCAGUCAUCACUUAUUUCGCAGUCUAUGAAGACACUGUGGCCGAGUCGCCCGAACCUGUUUCAACAGAACUGCCGCCAGAAGGUUGGCCUCAGCCCGUGGAAGAAGAUGAUGCUCGCGAAGAGUUUGACGGACGCAUACCGGACACUUUGAAACCGAUCAAUUAUUAUAUCAAAGUCACACCGUAUUUUGACGAGGAAGACGUCGAGGACCUGGGAAAGGAACGAUUUACCUUUGACGGCGAAUUGCAAUUCGAGGUAGAAUGUUUAAAACCCACGGCCAUCAUAAAACUGCAUAUUUACACAAUAACUGUAGAGGACGUUACGUUGUUGGUAACUGACAGUAGUGGUACACAUAUUGGUGUACUGGGUACGGUCCUGGACCCACUGUAUGAUUUCUACAUCAUCGAGUUAGACCAAGAUCUUGAGGUUGGACGGCGCUAUAUUAUCAGUAUGAACUAUGCUGGAACACUGAAACAGACAUCAACUAUCGGUUUUUAUCUAGGCUGGUAUCCCUUUGGCAACGAAACCAGGUAUUAUGCAGCGACGCAGUUAGAAAGCACUUAUGCAAGGCGGCUUUUCCCGUGUUUCGAUGAGCCCAACCUGAAGGCCACGUUUGACAUGGUGAUACGGCAUCGAAACAGACGCCAUGCACUGAGCAACAUGCCGAAAAUAGGACAAGAAUUUGACGAUGAGAUAGUGACAGACAGCACUUGGGUAACCACGUAUUUUAAUAGAUCCGUUAGAAUGCCCACCUAUCUCAACGCUAUAGUGGUGUCAGACUUCGAGCACAAAGAAAACUAUACGGAGGAGGGAGUUUUGUUCCGUGUAUGGAGUCGUCCUUAUUUCGUCCACACUCUGGAUUUUUCACUUAUGGUAGGAACUUCUAUGUUGGAUUACUAUGGGAAGACGUACAAAAUUCCAUACAAUCACAUUGGUUACAUGACAAAAAUGGGUGAGUAA